AUGGCACUGGCUUCAGUCACUUCUUCAUUACGUCGUCGCGGAGAACAGUUCAGGGAAGAUGCAGAGAAGAAGAGAACAGCUUCAGGCUGGGUGUUACCAAAGCAGACGACUACCUUUACUGAUCCCGGUAGUUGGUCCAAUGUCGAUUCCGACGUGACUCCCAUAGAGCAACGAACUUGGUCAACAUGGACUGUACUGGGAUUCUGGUUCAGCGAUGCUCUUAACGCUCAGGGCUGGGAGGGUGCUGCUUCUAUUAUCGCCGUCGGUCUGACAUGGAGAGAAGCACUAUACUGUCUAAUCAUUGGCUAUUCUAUGGUGAUCAUACCGCUUGUACUCAACGGUGCCAUCGGAGCCCAUCUUCAUGUCAAUUUUGCCGUGGCCUCACGAUCGUCGUUUGGAUUCUACCUUUCACGAGCCGCCGUCGUCGUUCGAAUGAUCACAGCGCUGUUUUGGCAUGCCAUCCAAACAUACACCGGUUCAACCGCCAUGACUCAAAUUAUUCGCGCUAUUUGGCCCUCUUACCUGAACAUUGCGAACCAACUCCCUGCCUCAGCAGGUAUCACAUCGCAGCAGAUGUGCUCCCACGUGCUCUUCUGGAGCAUCCAAUUCCCGUUCCUGUUGAUCCCGCCACAUAAGCUCAGAUGGUUUUUCGUGUUCAAGACAGUCGUCGUGCUCGUCACGUCCGUUGCCAUGAUCAUUUACUUGUGUGUUCAGGCCGGCGGGGCUGGCGACAUCUGGGCACAGGAAGCCACUGUUUCGGGGUCUGCCAAGAACUGGUUGAUUCUGUCUUCCAUGUCAAGCAUUACUGGAUCAUGGAUGACAAUGGGUACCAACAUUCCAGAUUUCACCCGCUACUUGAAAAAGUCCAGGGGUGUUUAUUGGCAGGCGCUCUUCAUGCCGUUCAUCGCAUCCUUGAUUGGCAUCUUCGGCAUUGUUGCCGCCAGUGCAGGUAGAGUGCUCUAUGGCAUGUACAUCUGGGACCCGGUCCAAAUGGCUGCCCAGUGGGACGGACCAAGUGGUCGAUGCGGCGCGUUUUUCGUUGGUCUUUCCUGGGUUGUGGCGCAGAUCGGAACGAACAUCUCUGCCAACGUGAUUUCUUGCUCGAACGAUAUGACAACACUCUUUCCCAAGUACAUCAAUCUUCGCCGUGGAGCCAUCAUCACCACCAUAAUUGGAGGCUGGGUCAUGGUCCCCUGGAAAAUCAUCUCGUCAGCUGCCUCGCUCUUGACCUUCAUGGGGUCCCUGGCCAUCUUCCUGGCCCCGAUUUCCGCAAUUAUCGGCGCAGACUAUUGGGUCGUCAAGAAACGACACAUCGACAUCCCAUCUCUCUAUCGACGCCGUGGUAUCUACCGGUACCAGGGCGGCGUCAACUGGCGCGCCGCAGUUGCAUUUUUAAUAUCCGUGACGCCCAAUAUUCCCGGCAUGAUUCACGCAGUGACGCCGAGUCUGUCGGUGGGCACGAUCCAGCAUGUCUACGAUAUCAGCUUCCUGUGGGGAUUCACAAGUGGGUUUGUGAUCUACUGUGCGCUGAAUUACUUCUGGCCGGCGACGGAGACGCUGCUUGAUUGUACGAUUUCGGAGGAGACGGUCAUAGUUGAUGGGGUGGCGGUUUAUAAUGAUGGGUUGAAGAGGCCGCUGGGUGGAGAUGAGAAGAUGGAAGCUAAUUUUAGUUCAGCUGCGAUUAGUCGUGUUUGA